AUGCACGAGUUGCGGUCUUUGCAGCUGUUUGGCAAUUGCCUCACCAAUAAAGGACUGGCAGCUAUCCUGGACAAUUACCGGCACCUGGAGUCCCUUGACAUUCGUUAUUGCUUCAACAUCGACAUGGAUGGCGCGCUGCGCUCAAAGUGUGCUAGGAUAAGCCCAGUGAGGCUUCCCAAUGACUCAACUGAUGAUUAUGACUUCGAGGUGCAGGAGCCUAUCUGGGCGGAUUCAGGGUCCUUUUCGGCUGAUUAUACGGGAUCUGGUUCUGACUAUGAGCUUGACUCGGAAGAUUACGAUGACUACUGUGAUCCUUCCCGCUACCUUGAUGGUGUGUACGAGGACGAGCUUAAUGAAGAAGAUAGGAUGCUUCUCAGGGGUAUGCGCAUGCUAAUGAAGUGA